CUGGUCACACCAAUUCUGACAAACAGAAGUGAUUCAUACCAAAAAAACAACGUAAAUUGAUAAAAUUAAUCAGUUCAGGCUGCAAACCAACUGCCAGAAACUCUUUCGGUUCUUCAUUCUCUAUAGUAAAGCCAUCAAACUGGGUAACGACAUGUCUACGAGUAAUAUGGAAAAACAUCUUUUCAAUUUAAAGUUUGCUGUGAAGGAGCUGGAGCGCAACUCCAAAAAAUGCGAAAAGGAGGAGAAGCUAGAGAAGGUCAAGGCCAAGAAGGCGAUCCAGAAGGGCAACAUGGACGUGGCCCGCAUCCACGCAGAGAACGCCAUCCGCCAGAAAAACCAGGCUGUUAACUAUCUCCGUAUGAGUGCCCGUGUGGAUGCGGUGGCCAGCAGAGUCCAGUCCGCUCUCACCACACGUAAAGUCACCGGUUCCAUGGCCGGCGUGGUCAAGGCAAUGGACGCGGCCAUGAAGGGCAUGAAUCUGGAGAAGAUCUCCUCGCUAAUGGAGAAGUUCGAGUCGCAGUUCGAGGACCUGGACGUCCAGAGCUCCGUGAUGGAGGGCACAAUGUCCGACACGGUAACCACAUCGGUGCCCCAAGGCGACGUUGACAAUCUGCUCCAGCAAGUGGCCGACGAGGCUGGCCUCGAGCUUAACAUGGAGCUUCCCAGCGGAGUGCAGAGCCAGACGGUUGGAGCUUCGACGGCCGUGUCCCAGGAGCAGGACGAGCUCACCCAGCGACUGGCGCGCCUCCGCCAGGCUGAAUAAAUCAAGCGAAGCCCUGCCGUUGAAUUUCUCUGUUUUACUAAUUAAGUACAUAACAAAUAUAUAUAAGUAUAAAACCA